AUGUUAAGAUCUACUAAUCGUGUUUCAAGAAAGGCUGCACUUCAGCUCGUCCGUAAUUACUCCCACAAGGAAUUGAAGUUCGGCGUUGAAGGUAGAGCAGCUUUGCUCAAGGGUGUCAACACUUUAGCUGACGCAGUUUCCGUCACCUUAGGCCCAAAGGGUAGAAAUGUCUUGAUCGAACAACAAUUCGGAUCUCCAAAGAUCACCAAGGAUGGUGUUACUGUUGCCAAGUCAAUCACCUUGCAAGAUAAGUUUGAAGACAUGGGUGCCAAGUUGUUGCAAGAAGUUGCAUCAAAGACUAACGAAUCCGCCGGUGACGGUACCACUUCUGCCACCAUUUUGGGACGUUCCAUUUUCACUGAAUCUGUCAAGAAUGUUGCUGCCGGUUGUAACCCAAUGGACUUGAGAAGGGGUUCCCAAGCUGCUGUUGAAGCCGUUGUAGAAUUCUUACAAAAGAACAAGAAGGAAAUCACUACCAGUGAAGAAAUUGCCCAAGUUGCAACUAUCUCUGCUAACGGUGACCAGCACAUCGGUGAUCUCUUGGCCUCCGCUAUGGAAAAGGUUGGUAAGGAAGGUGUUAUCACCGUCAAGGAAGGUAAGACCUUGGAAGAUGAAUUAGAAGUCACUGAAGGUAUGAGAUUCGACAGAGGUUUCAUUUCCCCAUACUUUAUCACUGACACCAAGUCUGGUAAGGUUGAAUUUGAGAACCCAUUGAUCUUACUUUCCGAAAAGAAGAUCUCUUCUAUUCAAGACAUCUUGCCAUCUUUGGAAUUAUCUAACCAACAAAGAAGACCAUUGUUGAUCUUGGCUGAAGACAUUGACGGUGAAGCCUUGGCUGCUUGUAUCUUGAACAAAUUGAGAGGUCAAGUUCAAGUAUGUGCUGUUAAGGCCCCAGGUUUUGGUGACAACAGAAAAAACAUCUUGGGUGAUAUUGCCAUCUUAUCCGGUGGUACCGUUUUCACUGAAGAAUUGGACUUGAAGCCAGAAAAUGCCACUGUAGACUUGUUGGGAUCAUGUGGUUCCAUCACCAUCACCAAGGAAGAUACUGUUAUCUUGAAUGGUGAAGGUUCCAAGGACAACAUCUUAGCUAGAUGUGAACAAAUUAGAAACUCUGUAGACGAUUCGCAAACUUCUGAAUACGAAAAGGAAAAAUUACAAGAAAGAUUAGCCAAGUUAUCAGGAGGUGUUGCCGUCGUUAGAGUUGGUGGUACUUCAGAAGUGGAAGUUGGCGAAAAGAAGGAUCGUUACGACGAUGCCUUAAACGCUACCAGAGCUGCUGUCCAAGAAGGUAUUCUUCCAGGUGGUGGUACUGCUUUAAUCAAGGCAUCCAGAAUCUUAGACGAAGUUAAGGCCAACGCAGCCAACUUUGACCAAAAGUUAGGUGUCGAAAUCAUUAAGUCUGCUAUCACUAAGCCAGCCAGAAGAAUCAUCGAAAACGCCGGUGAAGAAGGUUCAGUUAUUGUUGGUAAGAUCUACGAUAACGGUGAAUUCAACCAAGGUUACGAUUCAGCUAAAGGUGAAUUUACUGAUAUGAUCGCUGCCGGUAUCAUUGAUCCAUUCAAGGUUGUUAAGAACGGAUUAGUUGACGCCAGCGGUGUUGCCUCAUUAUUGGCCACCACCGAAUGUGCUAUUGUCGAUGCUCCAGAACCAAAGGGUGCUGCUGCUGCUCCACCUCCAGGAAUGGGUGGUAUGGGUGGUAUGCCAGGAAUGGGAUUCUAA